AUGAUGCAAGAGCUGCAACCUCAAAGUACAGAGAAAAGAGGUUGGUGGUCCCUGAAACUCUGGUCUGUGGCUGGGAUUUCCAUUGCACUCCUCAGUGCUUGCUUCAUUGUGAGCUGUGUGGUAACUUACCGUUUUACAUAUGGCGAAACUGGCAAAACGCUGUCUGAACUACACUCAUAUCAUUCAAGUCUCACCUGCUUCAGUGAAGGGACAAAGGUGACAGCCUGGGGAUGUUGCCCAGCUUCUUGGAAGUCAUUUGAUUCCAGCUGCUACUUCAUUUCUGGUGAAAAGAACGUUUGGUCUAAGAGUGAGCAGAACUGUGUUGAGAUGGGAGCACAUUUGGUUGUGUUCAACACAGAAGCAGAGCAGAAUUUCAUUGUCCAGCAGCUGAAUGAGUCAUUUUCUUAUUUUCUGGGGCUUUCAGACCCACAAGGUAAUAAUAAUUGGCAAUGGAUUGAUAAGACACCUUUCAAGAAAAAUGUCAGAUUUUGGCACCCAAAUGAGCCCAGUCAUUCAGCAGAAAAAUGUGCUUCAAUAGUCUUCUGGAAACCUAUAGGAUGGGGCUGGAAUGAUGUUAUCUGUGAAACUAGCAGGAAUUCAAUAUGUGAGAUGAAUAAGAUUUACCUAUGA